UAUUCAAUAUUUUUAUAACACGAUGUGCACAGAGUCGGGUGCUUGGAUGCAAACCACUUCGACCUGACCCUGGUUAAUGUGGCAGGCGGCCUGGCCACUCAUAUUGGUGAAGCCAAUAAACGAGUUUCAACAGAAUGCUUAUCAUAGAGCGAACGAGUGCUACGCGGCGUAUACGUAACACAAAGUUCUAUUUGAAGUCGAGUCGCGGCACGCCAGUGUCUGGCCUCAGUUCAGGCACAGGUGUCAAUGCACACGGUACGGAAAGUCGCCAUCUCGAUAUAUAAACCUACGUGUGAAUUAAAAUACAUAUAUAUAUAUCUAUAUAUGUGUGCGACAUUUAAUUAGCAUACGCGUUUCACUUCAGUUCUGUUUCGGUUCGACGCACACUCACAUACUCUUUCUGUCUCUGCUUGGCCUGUCUCCGAAUUGAACAGAAAACAAAAAGAAACAAUACAAUACAAUUAUAACAAAUACAAGUUAUUGAAACUCUCACAAAAACAUAAUGCUGGAUCCCAUAUCGGAUACACCGCUGGUGCUGGCCUACGUAUUUAUGUCGCUGCUGGUGCUGAUUGUCUGCUUUAUACUAUUCAAUGUGGUCCACAAGCUCUAUCGCGGCAUGGGCGCUGAUGUUGGUGUGGGCGUGUCGAGCAGCUCGCUGAAGACAGCUAUGCUGGAAGUGGAUGUGAUGAAAACCGGUUAGCUGGAACAACAACAACAACAACAACGACAACAACAACGCUGCUUGGCGAGAAUCUCAACAGCAACAGCGAAAGCGACAAAAACAAAAACGCUGUGGCUUGUGGUUCAGAGCAGCUGCAACAUUGUACAUAAAGCCACUGUUUAUAAAAAUAAUAGCAUUUUAGCCUAGCCGUAAACUAGUACUUAUACACGUAUAUAUAUAUAAUUAAGUUUUACACGUUAGGUUACUAUAAA